AUGCAGCUCAUACACCUGACCUUCGCUAUCAUUCUUUUCAUCCUUCAUUGUUCGGCUGGCCCGAUCGCUCAUUUCCUCCCUAAAAUCAGGGAAUUGGGACCAGGCGAUGCUUCGGCACAGCUAUCUCAGUCCUCAUUGCCGGUUCCACACAAUCUCCAGGGAUCCGUCAGUAGUAAUACGGACGAUGCCUUGACUGUCAUUCCUGUUACGCCUUCCCUCACUUAUAGUCCACCUCUACCUGCCAUCUGCGUCGACUCCUGUGCAUCCGCAUAUAACUACGGCUCAGUUGCCAACCAGUUCAACUUUCACGUCCCCAGAUUACCAUUCCACGGCACACCAAAAUCAGGGGACCGCAUCUAUAUCUACUUCAGUUCCCUCUCCCAUCAGUUCAGUUCCUCCGUCCCAGCCAAGUCUGACGGCGUAUGGUCCUACCACCAUCACUUUGAGCGAGCAGCAUUCGGUCGAAUCGCCGUCGCACACCUCCCCCAAGGUCCCGUCAGCUCCAAGCUCAACAGUUCAUACUCCGCCUUUAGUCCAUUCUCCCGCGCAUCAUUCAACCAAGUCUCACCCGAAUCCGUCGCCACCUCGACAUUCGGGCCAGGUUUCCUCUGGUUCAAGUCCAGCGCGCAUCCAAUCGAAUCGACACGUAAUCGACAGUCUCUGUCUCACACGCUUUCCGGUUCUUUGGCGCCUACCGCUCACUCGUCGCCUACAGGUGGUGUCCCUGUCUCUACAACAGACCCCAUACUCAAGAACCCAGCACAAACAACAACUAGUUUGACUGUCGGUGUAGUAGGGCUGUUGCCUGGGGCAGUGUCAAGCGGUUCUUCCCCCUCUGUUCCGUCCUUGGAGGCAACAAACAGUGUACAUUCACACUCAGCCACAGUUGGAACUAUUGUCACCAUCGGCAAGUUUACUGGCCGAGUGCCUACGGCACCAAAUACAGAAAUUCCUGUCCCUAGCGAACCCACAGGACUCUCGGGAUCCUCUCCUCCCCAAACGCAGAAAACUAUCCCAGCUACCACUGGCGAUGGACUUCCCACGGGGAGCACUGUCUCCGAAUCUGCGCAGAAGGCACCCUCGUCUGUCAUCAGCGACGGAAUGCCUAUGGAUGGAAAACACACCAGAGUCCCUGGAACUACGGCUCCCCCGGUGUCGGAUCCCGCCAUCGUGAUUGUGACUCCCGGCCAAUCCACAUCCUGGACCAAUACCUGGUCACAUGUUUCCGAUAGCAAGCCCACAUCGUCGCAGACGUCUACGACGACCACCAUCAGGCCGCCUAGGACGAUUCCGAAACCGAAAAUUCCCACUGGGCCCACAAGACACCACCACAAGACAACGGCUCCGGGCCAGACUGCCUCUCAUGUACAUGGUGGUGUCUCAGAAGGAGGUGAACUGGUCACGACCAUCCCUAUCACUGCGACGGUGACGGAGGUCGUCACGGUAGCUGCCCCCGACGAGUCUCCUGGAACAGGAAACGCCAAAGCUACCCAGGAACCCAAAGUGAUCCCAACACCAAGUCAGCCAAAAGAAGCCGGUGACACCCACAUCCCCCCGUCCCAGAAGACAAAGCCCACGGCGGAGACGCUAGAGCCCGCUACACCCACCACGGGGCCCCAGGUGACGCCUGCAGCGCAACCGACCGGCGCGAUUCACGAAACUCUCCGGGGUCUCCAAGUCGUGCCUGUGACGCCGCAGGGCUUCAUCACCGUCACGGAGACCAAGACCGAAACAACGACGCAGAUCAAAACGACGACGGAGACCGAGACCGAGACCAUGACGAUCUAUGUUGAUCCGACUAUGACGAUGACGGCUAGUUUGUGAGCUUUGAGAUUAUCGUGCCGUUCUUUCUCUUCUCUCGUUUCUAUCUAUCCGUGGACGUUCCGCUUGUUUGGCUAAUUGUCGCUCAUUGAAUUGACGGGACCUGUGUGGGAUUUCAUUUAAC